AUGGCUUCUGAUGACGACUCGCAGGCUCUGGACACUCACCAUGAUGAAAAGGACUGGGAAGCUCAAAGGGAAAACUUCCGCAUCUGUUACAUUGAUCACGGCAUGACUCGAAAGGAAGCCGCAGAGUAUAUGAAAGAACACUUCAACUUUAGCGCCACUCCCCGUCAAUGGGAGCGCAAAAUCAAGCAAUGGGGGUUUUCAAAGUAUAUGGGUCGAGAGGAAAGACUCCAUCAAAUCGCGCAAACCGGCAAAUCAGUCUUCGAAGUCAGUCGUCCCGGUCGAAGGCCUCGCUCCCUUAUGGACGAGCACGGCAAUCUUCAACCUCAUGAAGACCGUAACCUGCGUCGCUUCGCCCGUCGCGAGGUGAGCCGUUCGAGAUCGAGAUCAAGGUCCACCUCUUUCACUGAUCGACCGCGCCCACAUUUCAAGCAAGAGUUCUCGGACCCCUCCGCAAACGCCUCAAUGGAUUCCCCUUUCGACUUCAACCAACUGGGUUCGGAAAUGCGACGAAGUCCCAGCAAUGACGCGUUCCAUCUGCCUCCAACGCAAGUCGCUACUGGACCGCCACAGACAUUUCAACCACAUACUUUUCAGGAGCGGGAGUCUGGCGCGUACGGGAUGGCUGGUGACUCCGGCCGUCCUCUAACUAUCGGCCACAAUCAGUGGGCUCAGACACAAGCUGAUGGUACACAGCAGUUCAACGCUGCUGCAGUCCAAAACCAAUACACGGCCUUUCCGAACGACCCAACAUCAUCGCACGUCACAAGCAGUGUCCCAAAUACCAACCAGCAAUUCCCGGCAAAUGCAAAUGACGCGUCAUUUGGUUUUCCUAUCGCCGACCCUUCAAUUUCCUCGUUAUCGGCAGGCUUCAAUCAGUAUGUCAUGACCGGCGCCGACAUAGGGAUGCCUCCAGGAAUGUUGUCGGAGGAUAUUAUGACAGAGCAAUCGAUGUUCAACAACGCUAUACAACUGCCCCUUGGCUCGGAACCGCUGAAUCAGACAGGUCUCGAGAACAACCCUGGGAUCAAGUUCGCUGUGGUGGAUGUGGAUUCAACGCCAAUACUCCCUGCUUCUGGUGUCCCUCCCUUACCCCCAACGAUGGGAAUGGACGUUUCGUUUCCAGAGCCAGCAUUAGGCAACGACGGGCCUCUGCAGAAUGAUGUCUUGCCGCUGGUAGAAGAGUACACGCGCAAUGUCCAAGCUGCAGCUCUGGGGUUUUUAAACAGGUCUUUACACCGUGACGGGCUUGCCCAUGAGCUGGCCGCGGACCUCGUUCAACCCAGCAGGACAUUCAUGACCAGCAUGGCCGUCAUCUUGGACAACUUCGCAAAGUCGCAGCAGAGAUCUCUUCAGAGCAUGAAGGAUACAUGCAGAAACCUACGACAAAGGAAUGCACGUCUAAUGGAGUUUCUGAACAAUAGCAAUGAUAUGCAGCCAAUCCCUUCGAUAGAAUCUCAACAGAACCGGGCAUCUCUCCCUCCACAAGGAGCGAUAUAUGGCAAUAUGUAUACACAGAACUUUUGA